UUGAACAUUUGUCCUAAAUUUUUAUUUUUUUUCGAAAAUUUAGAAAAAAUGUAAAAAAAUUAGGUAGGCUAGGCUAGAGUAUUUUAAGCUAGGUCAGGGAUUACAAGGUAUGUUAAAGUAGGGUAUAUUAGACUAAGCUAUAAUAGGUUAGACUAUUUUCCGCUCCACUAGGUAAUGCUAUUGCAGACUUGGCUGAACAGAAGGUUAUUAUUGACUAACAUAGGUUACUUUAGGGUAGUCUAUUCUAAGGUGGAUUAGAUUAGUAUGUUAGUUUAUUGUGGGAUGUUGUACAGUUGACUAGGCUAGGUUAUUCUAAUGCAGGCUAGUCUACCCUAGCCUAUCCGACCUACCCUAGACUGUCUUAUACUAGCCGAGCAUACCCUAGACAAGUCUCGCCUAACCUAACCCUGAUUGUCUUAGUCUAAUCUAUCCUACAUCAGCUUUGCUUACCAUUGCCUAACCUAACCUACAUUGCAUACCAUUUCUUUUUCUAGUCGGACUUAGUCUUUAAUAGAUUAGCCUAUCUUAGCCUAGCCCAGAAUAACCCAACCUAUCCCAACUUAACCCAGCCUAACCUAACCUAACCUAACCUUACCUAACUUAACCUAGCCAAUCCCACCAGGUCAGCCCAGCCUUUUCUUGUUUGUUUUGUAUUUCUUUAAUAAUUGCCUAAAAAUGUCAUAAAUGUUUUCUAUAGUAUACAUUGUUUGUUUUUUGGACAGUCUCUUCAUAUUUCCACAAGCUGGUCCAGAUAUCAAGUAUCUUCUGGGUUUUAUCAGAACACAGCUCAGUACGUCAGUCACUGUAGGUCUUGUUUUUGGGCCCAAAGUUGUGCGAGUGUUAAGAGGUCAAGGAGACCAGUGGGAUAAUAGAGCAAGAGCAAGGGGUGUCACAGCUUCCUUCUCUCUGAAUGGAAUUGGACUGAUGCCUGAAGAAACUGCAGACUUAUAUCAGGAAAAUGAGGAGCUCAAGGAGGAAAUUCAGAAGUUAGCAGCACAGAUUGAGUUCAUGAAGAUAGUUCAUAUGGAGAUAAACAACAGGCACUUGAAGCCAAAGCCUGGUGGUUAUUUCAGUACUGCCAACUUUUUAAAACAACGUCCAGUUUCCUUAUAG